GCUCUAGUAAAGCGCUCAGAGGAAGCAUCGGAGUUGCCCCAGCUGAUCGGUCGCGGUUUCCAGUGCCAAUACACUCCAUUUUAUGACUGUUGGCAGGGAGGGGAAAGAAGAAAAAGGAAGAAUAUACAUAAAAUAGGCGAUGGCGCUUCCAAAAAGAGGUGACUUGAACGAGGAGGAGACAGCAUUGCUUGAAGUCAUCAGCAGCGGAAACACCGAAGAAGCGUCAAGACUCCUUGGCAGCAAGACUGUCCGUGUGAAUUGUUUAGAUGAGCAUGGAAUGACCCCUCUAAUGCAUGCAGCAUAUAAGGGUAAAACUGAUAUAUGCAGACUAUUGAUGCAACAUGGAGCUGAUGUAAACUGCAACAAUCAUGAAUAUGGAUAUACUGCCUUAAUGUUUGCUGGACUGUCAGGCAAUAAAGAAAUAACCCGGAUGGUGUUAGAGGCUGGAGCAGAGAUUGAUGUCGUCAAUUCUGUGGGGAGAACUGCAGCUCAGAUGGCUGCUUUUGUGGGUCAGCAUGAUUGUGUAACAGUUAUCAACAACUUCUUUCCACGUGAAAAGCUAAACUACUACACAAAACCACAAGGACUGGAUAAAGAACCCAAGCUUCCAAUUAAGCUAGCUGGACCUCUACAUAAGAUCAUUACAACUACUAAUUUGCAUCCUGUUAAGGUUGUGUUGCUGGUGAAAGAAAAUCCUCUUUUGGCAGAAGUUGAAGCAAUGCAGAAAUGUUACAAAAUAUUGGAUCUGAUUUGUGAGAAGUGCAUGAAGCAGAGAGAAAUGAAUGAAGUCCUUGCAAUUAAAAUGCACUACAUUAGCUGCAUUUUCAAAAAAUGUAUCAUUUUCCUUGAGCGAGAAGACAAAUUGGAUGGAUUAAUCAAAAGCCUGUUAAAAGGCAGAGAGAGAGAUGGAUUUCCGGUUUAUCAAGAGAAGAUCAUCAGGGAAUCUAUUCGAAAAUUUCCUUACUGUGAAACUACCUUGCUGCAGCAGCUUGUGAGAAACAUUUCUCCUGUUGAAAUUGGUUCUGAUCCCACAGCAUUUUCUGUACUUACACAAGCUAUUACUGGCCAAAUAGGCUUUAUAGAUGCUGAAUUUUGUACAACAUGUGGGGAAAAGGGAGCAGACAAAAGAUGUUCUACAUGCAAAAUGGUUAUUUACUGUGAUCAGACUUGCCAGAAAAUGCACUGGUUUACACACAAGAAAUCAUGCAGCAUGCUAAAGAAGAUUUAUGAGAAGCAGACGGUAGAAGCAGCCAAAGAAAAAAAUAAAGAAGCAGCACGAAUUGCAGAAUCUAUUUUAACAAGUGAAGAACAGUCCUCUGAACCUGAAACUCAUAAAGACAUGGAAAUAAAAAGUACUGGAGACCAAAGUGAAGUGAUUCCCAGCAUAAAAAUGACUAUGUCAUCUCCAGCGGUUUGUAGCUUUCUUGAAGAGGAAACUACUUUAGAAAACAUUGUUAGUGAAAAGGUUCAAGAAUCUGAAGAAUAAACAAUACUUUUAAAAGAAUGUCAUCUGGAUCACAGUCCAUAGACUGGAUUUCACAAUAUGCUAAGUGCUCAAUAACAUACUGUAUUUCAAUUUUUAUAUCAAGUAUAACUCACAGAAUUGUAGAUUGUAAUAAAGAACUUAAAUAGCUGGUUAAAAUCAGAAUAACAUAAACCCAUCUGUUUUUGUUCCUGUAUACCUUAGGUAUGGUUAAAAAAAAAGAGUUUAAAAUAGAUUCAUGUUGCAGUACAAAAAGCUUAUUUAAUUCAAGCCAGUUUAAUCAAGUUACUACCAUAAUGAUAUCUGAAAUAUAAACACAGGUAGUCCUCGACUUAUGACUGGUUGCUUAGUGACUAUUUGAAGUUAUGGUGGACCUCCGCCAAAGUUAUUUAAACUCCUGUUUCAAAAUUACACCUGCUGUAGGACCUCAAGGUCACUUGUUCUUAUGACCAACCACAGGGACACUGCAGCAACACCUCUGCUUAUCUCCCCCGCACCUGGGCUCUACUUGCCUUGGGCCCACUCCCCCCCACAGGGCUCCACAACCUCCUCCUCACCUUUAAAAGAUAUCUGGUUAGGAAAGGAAGAUAGGUCACUCUGCUCCUGGACCUCAUGGCCAGUUAUGGCUGCAAUCCCAUAACUGGUCACCAUUUUGGGGAAGUAAUCUAUUGAAUAGGUUAGGAGGAGCCUGGUGGCGCAGCAGACUAAUAGCCUGUUAUUAACAUUCAGCUGCCUGCAAUUACUGCAAGUUCGAAUCUCCCCAGGCUCAAGGUUGACUCAGCCUUCCAUCCUUUCUAAGGUAGGUAAAUUGAGGACCGAGUUUAUGGGGGCAAUAAGCUGACUUUGUAUAAAUAUACAAAAGUAUGAAGGCUAUUGCUUAUUGCUUAACGCAUUGUAAGCCGCCCUGAGUCUCCGGAGAAGGGCGGCAUAUAAAUCAAAUUAAAAAAAAAAAAAAUUGUGGCCAUUUAGAAAAUGGCAUCCACUUCAGGAUUGCACCACAUAGCUCAGAAACAAGGACCCCUAUCAUUUCCUAAUCCUAGCUCCAGAGUUUGAAAAGUAAAUGCACAAUGGAUGAGGAGAGUAUAGGUUCUGUUGGGGUGGAAACAAGCCCAAGGCCUUCAAGGACUUUGUCUUUCUUGGAUUCCCCCCCUCCCCUAUUUUAACUGUCUUAAACAAAAUAAAAUAUAUACAAAAAAGAUCUCUAACCAUAAUGGACAGUCUCUAUUAUGGUCAUCAGUCGAGGAUUACCUGUGCAUUAAAAUUCUUAGUUUUCAUUUAGUAUGUUACUUGCCAGUUUCUGUUAAACAGUAUUGCUAAUCUAUAUUGGUUUAAUUAACUUUCAUUAUAAAUUUUCAGUUAUAGAGCUUUUUUCAAAACAAAUUAAGCAUAAUGUUUGCUGAAAAAUUGACAAAUAACAACUUGACUAUAUUUUAAGUAUUAGUGAUGUUUUAAUAAUAUAAUCAAAUUAAUCUUUGAACAAUAUGUUAUCAUGUGUAAUCUGGAAUAGAGAGGCAUGAAACACCUUGAACCUAGAUUUGGGGGUGGGAGGAGGGAGAGAUAAGAGUAAAAGAGCUGAAUUCCACAAAUAUUCUUGAAUUAUACCUGACUUUCAUUAUAUCCCAAAUACUCAGAUUGUAUUUUUAGGAAAAUAGAAGUACAGAUAGUAGUGUUAAAAGUAUUCCGAAAUGUCAAUGUGUUGUCAUUUUCUCUCUUUGUGAUUGGAAUGGAAGUACAGAUUAUGCAGGACAUCUUUUUAUUUAGAAAGGAACAACUUUUAAUAUACUACUAGCUAUCUAAAGUUUACCUGUUCGCUGCAGUACUUAUGCUUUCAAUGAGAUACAGGCUUUAUGGUGGGGGAAGAAUUAUUCAUUUAUUACAACUGUGUUUCUAAUAAAUUUAUAUAUAAACUUUUUUUUACCUGUGCAUUAAACUACAGGUAAUACUCAUUUAAUGACCACUCAUUCAGUGACCGCUCAAAGUUACAAUGGUGCUGAACAAAUGAUAUUUGCAGCCAUUGCAAUACCCUUGCAAUGUUGACCAAAAUUCGGGUGAUUGGCAGCCUACUCAUUUAGGACUACUUUACCCCCACCUGCUUAUCUCCUAUCAUAUUUGCCCUUUUAAUCAGCCUGCACCCUCAUGGCCCCUGCCACCUGCAUUCCGCUGUCCUCAGCUGAAAAAUACAAUCACUGGCUUUUUCCUCCUGAUGCUGUUGGCAAGGCAUGCCCACCCCAACCUUUCAUAAGAUGGCUGCAGCCCAGUGAAGCCUUAUUCCCAAAGCCUUGGGAAGGCUUUCUGAGGCUUCAAAAAGACUGCAUGCAGUUUCAGGAAAAAGGCGUCAGGAAGGGCCAGGCCAGGCACACUUAUCAGCAGUGGGACAAAGACAGUAAAAGUCAGCAGGGGCAUUGGAGUGCAAAGGCAGUGGAGGUCAAGGCAAAGUGCAGGGAAAUCAAAGGGCAUAAAUGGGAGUAGAUAGGUGGGUGUGGAGAGUUGAAGAGGAGGUAAGCAUAGCAGGAUAAGAGAAACAUGAAUCUUUGCCGAUCAGCCACUACUGGAACUAUUGAAACUGCUGUUGAUAAACAGUACAGUCAUGUGAAAUUUUACCUAAUGACUGCUUUGCUUAGCAAUAGAAAUUCCACUCCAAAUUAAAUGGAUUAAAAAAGGACUACCUGUAUACAAUUUCUGAAAAUCCAUAUCUGCACAUUAAUCAUAUUAGUUGAUCUAAUAUAUAGCAGGAAAUAUAGUUGCACUCCCUUGGGGAAAAUAGUUUGAAAAUUACAGGAAGAUUCUACUGUGAUUUCUUUUCCUUUGAUAAACUAUUUUAUUUAAAUAUUACCUAUUUUUCUUCAUUUGAACAAUAAGCUUGUGCUAGGCUAACCACUGUUCUUUUUUUAAAAAAGCAACAUAGAUUAUAAAAAUUAAAACUAAUUUUUUUAAAAAUUCACAUGGUUAAGGUGAGAUUGGUUUAAUCUAUGAGGUUAUGACUAAAUCUUGGCAUAGAGAAACAUUGUUCCAGCUUUUCAUUUUUGGAAUAUAAAAACAUCUCUAAAUAAGCAUAUCUUGAAUCCACCCCUUAUUAUUUUUUAGACAUUUUUAUAUUUCUGUAAUUUUAUUCUUUAAUAAAACCAAAGCUUUUCAUAA